UGAAUACGCCCGUUCUCUCAUCCCGCAAAAAUUGAGCUGUUGCGGCACUUACAACCGGCAGAUACUUCUGAUUUAACGCAGGAAAACUCAGCCCCCUCGAAAUUGCAGGUGGCGUCGUUGAGGAAGGUUGGAGCACACAGACAAAAUGGUGACCAUUCCUGAGUACUAUGAGGGGAAGAAUGUGCUGAUCACAGGGGCCACAGGCUUUAUGGGAAAAGUCCUGCUGGAGAAGCUGAUGCGGUCCUGCCCAGGAGUCAAGGCUGUGUACGUCCUUGUCCGGCACAAAGCGGGCCACGCUCCCCUGGCCCGCAUCGCAGACAUGAUCAACUGCAAGCUUUUUGACAGGUUACGAGAUGAGCAGCCAGACUUUGCUGAGAAGAUAGUGGCUGUGAACAGUGACCUCACCCUGCCAGAACUGGACCUGAGCAAAGUGGACCAGGAAACGCUUGCUGACUGCAUCAACAUAGUCUUCCACUGUGCUGCAACCAUCCGAUUCAAUGAGCCUCUAAAAGAUGCUAUGCUACUGAAUGUUCUAGCCACCCAGAAGAUGGUGGCUCUUGCCCACAAAAUGAAGCACUUGGAGGUGUUCCUCCACGUGUCCACAGCCUACGCCAACUGUGACCGGACACUCAUUGAGGAAGUGGUUUACCCACCUCCUGUUGACUACAAGAAGCUCAUCGACAGCCUAGAAUGGAUGGAUGAGAAGCUGGUUUCGGCGAUGACCCCAGGGCUGAUAGGAAAAAGGCCCAACACGUACACCUACACCAAGGCCAUAGCUGAGUACCUGGUCCAGCAGGAGUGUGGAAACCUCAACGUGGCUAUAAUCAGGCCUUCUAUCGUAGGGGCCAGUUGGAAAGAGCCGUUCCCAGGCUGGAUUGAUAAUUUCAAUGGACCUAGUGGAAUAUUCAUUGCAGCAGGAAAGGGGAUCCUGCGCACCAUGAGAGCGUCCAACAACGCGGUGGCUGACCUGGUGCCUGUGGACGCGGUCAUCAAUACCACACUGGCUGCUGCCUGGUACUCAGGCUCCCAGAGACACACCAGGCCUAAGAGCAUAUUGGUGUACAAUUGCACAACUGGCAGCAUCAACCCGUUCCACUGGGGUGAAGUUGAGUACCAUGUUAUAUCCACUUUCAAGAGGAACCCCCUCGAGCAGGCCUUCAGACGGCCCAAUGUAAAUCUCACAACCAAUCACCUUAUCAAUCAGUACUGGAUCGCUGUAAGCCACAAGGCACCAGCCUUCCUUUAUGAUCUCUGCCUCAGGAUGACGGGAAGAGAGCCCAGGAUGAUGAAGACCAUUACGAGGCUGCACAGGGCCAUGAUGGUGCUGGAGUACUUCACGAGCCAUUCGUGGGUGUGGAAAAAUGACAACGUCACCAUGCUCAUGAACCAGAUGGGUGCUGAUGACAAGAGGACAUUCAACUUUGACGUGCGACAGCUGAACUGGGCAGAGUACAUGGAGAACUACUGCAUGGGGACUAAGAAGUAUGUCCUGAACGAGGCUGAGUCCGGCCUGCCAGCAGCACGCAAACACCUCAACAAGUUGAGGAACAUCCGCUACACGUUCAACACGGUCCUGGUCGUGUUCAUCUGGCGAGUGUUCAUCGCUCGGUCCCAGAUGGCCAGGAACAUCUGGUACAUUGUGGUCAGCCUCUGCUUUAAGUUCCUGUCCUAUUUCCGAGCAUCCAGCACCAUGAAAUACUGAGUCCACGUGGUGUACUCACCUUGACCCCAUCCACUCUCCUCAAUCCAGCAGCCCCAGUCCGCCUUCUCUCCCUCCUGCCCAGCCCCCCUUCAGAUAGCUAUGUAUCCGACAUUGCUCUGCAAAUCCUAUAAUAUUUUGAGUUACUUAAGUGUCUGACAUACUAUUAAUCUACUGUAUGUGAAAUGUCCCCUUUUCUUUGCAGUGUGAUCCCUGAUGUGGGGGGUAGAACUGCAUUUGACUAAGCAUGAAUCUAAUCAGCCCCCUGGUCUUAUGAUGCUCACCUUGUACAUUGAUAGUCAGCCAAACAGAGUUAGUGAUGCCUAGUUUGGUUGUCAUGGAGAUGGAGCAUUGCUUUGCUGACAGCCCCCAGGGUGGUCAGGCGGUGGUUUUGAUUAACAGUUUACAUUUUCCUGCUUGAAUAGGGGUAAAGGCACCCAUAUACUGUAUGCUUGAUGGUGGCAAUGACUAUUACACAAUGACAUGAUCAAGCACAAGGUAGAUGGUAAUAGAUAGGCUUUUUACAGUGCCUAACAGGUAUGAUUAUCUUGCAUCAGCUGACCUUGCAGAGCUAUGUAUUUUUUAAUUGUUUUAAAACAAUUUUCAAACCA